CCUGUGUUGGUAAAUAUCUGACAGGUGAGUACCUUUCUCACUCCCGGUUUGGACGUUCGACGUGAUGGGUGGCCUCUUUUGGACGCGCUAUAUCAACAGGACCUCCACGUUUGCAACUUUGACUAAAGGCAUCCGAAUCAGAACUGCUAAUCGGGUUUAUUGGUCAACCUCAACAAGAGUCGCCAGUGUUCUCACAAGUGGAAGGGCCGCAUUCUUGCUGGGACUCCCGACACUCUCGUGUCUGACGUAUGGAGCUUAUCGCAUGCUGCAGAACACGCCGGUGGUCCUCGCUUUAGAAAAAGAGGAGGUUCUUGAGCAGGCCGACUACCUUUACAGCUGUGCAGAGACACAGAAACUCUACCAGCUCCUAGUGCAGUACAAAGACAGUGAUAAUGCAGAGUUCUUGUGGCGGCUGGCCAGAGUGUCCCGUGAUGUGUCCGUACUGCCCGACACCGAGGAGGGACGGAAGAAGCAGCUCGUGUAUGAGGCCUUCGAAUAUGCAAAGAAGUCCUUGGAGAAAGAUGAAAAGUGUUUCGCGGCACACAAAUGGUACGCAAUAUGUCUCAGUGAUGUGGGGGAGUACGAGGGAGUCAAGGUGAAAAUUGGAAAUUCUUUUGUAAUCCGGAAACAUCUGGAGAGAGCCAUUGAGCUCAAUCCUAAAGAUGGAACAUCUUUACACAUUUUGGGUUACUGGUGCUUUACUUUUUCUGAGCUGCCGUGGUAUCAACGCAAGGUGGCGGCGGUUAUCUUUGCGUCACCUCCCACGUCCACAUAUGAGGAGGCUUUGCAAUUCUUCCUGCGAGCUGAACGAGUUGAUCCAAACUUCUACAGUAAAAACCUCCUCAUGCUGGGGAAGACCUACAUGGCCAUGAAGGACGAGCUGAAAGCACUGCUGUGGCUAAACAAAGCUAAAGAUUACCCCCCGCGCACACUCGAAGAUAAAGAGGUCCAUAAAGAAGCCGUUGACCUGUUAAAGAAGUUCAGCUGAACCUGGCACCUUUUGUGAAAUUUCUUUGUUAACACAGUGUUAUGAUUGGCCUUGGACAGAGAAAUCACUCAUCUCCUUGGGGCACCAUCCUCGCAACUUGAAAAUAAAAGCACGAUCAUGGCACGGAA